AUGUCGAACGUCCACUUCCCCUACUCCAAGGCGCCUUUGCGCACGAUUAAGGAGAUUCAGUUUGGUCUCCUAUCGCCCGAAGAGAUUAAACGUCUGAGUGUGGUCCAUGUCGAAUAUCCUGAGACAAUGGAUGAACAGAGAAUGCGCCCACGAACCAAAGGUCCAAACGAUCCAAGGCUUGGCACUCUCGAUCGCCAAUAUUAUUGUGAGACUUGUGAGGAAGGUCAGAAAGAGUGUCCAGGACAUUAUGGCCAUAUCGAGCUUGCAACCCCGGUUUAUCACAUCGGUUUCCUCACAAAGACAAAAAAACUACUUGAAACCGUCUGCCACAACUGUGGCAAGAUCAAAGCAGAUAUGAGCGACCCAAAGUUCCAAGAUGCGCUACGUAUUCGUGACCCUAAGCGACGAUUCGAUAUCAUUUGGCGGUUAUCCAAAGAUGUCAACAUCUGUGAAGCAGAUCCAAUCCCAGAGGACGAGGAUCCUUUCUCCAAGGAAGCAUCAAAGCCUCAUAAGGGACACGGUGGCUGUGGUAAUGCCCAACCAACCAUCCGUAAAGAGGGAUUGAGUCUCGUCGGAACAUGGAAACCGAACAAAGCAAACAUGAUGGACGACGAUGUUGAUAUGCCUCAACCCGAGAAGCGAACCAUUACUCCUUCCAUGGCUUACAAUAUCUUCCGCAGCAUCUCACAUGAAGAUGUGAGGAUCAUGGGUCUCAGCAACGACUACGCUCGUCCGGAAUGGAUGAUUCUUACUGUCCUUAUUGUUCCUCCCCCCGUCGUUCGUCCCAGUGUUGUCAGCGGCAAGAGCUCCAGCGGCCAACGCGCUGAAGAUGACUUGACCUUUAAGCUUGCGGAAAUCAUUCGUGCGAAUCAGAACCUGCAACGCUGCGAGCAAGAAGGCGCACCGGAACACGUCGUUCGGGAAUUCGAGGCUUUGCUUCAAUAUCACGUGGCCACAUAUAUGGACAAUGAUAUCGCUGGUCAACCAAAGGCUAUGACAAAGUCGAAUAGGCCUGUCAAAGCAAUCCGCGGUCGUCUGAAAGGAAAAGAGGGUCGUCUUCGUCAAAACUUGAUGGGGAAGCGUGUCGACUUUUCGGCUCGUACUGUGAUCUGCGGUGACCCAAAUUUAAGUCUGGAGGAAGUUGGAACGCCUAGAUCGACAGCGAUGAUCCUCACAUAUCCGGAGGUGGUAACGCCAUAUAACAUUGAAUUCCUGCAGAAACUGGUCAAUAAUGGUCCUACAAUCUACCCUGGUGCGAGAUACAUUGUCCGUGAUAACGGUGAGCGAAUUGAUUUGCGUAUGGCGCGCAAGACAAAUGCAAAUCUUCUUUACGGCUGGAAAGUCGAGCGUCAUCUCCUUGACGGAGAUGUGAUUCUCUUCAACCGUCAGCCGUCACUGCACAAGGAAUCUAUGAUGGGUCAUCGUGUCCGUGUCAUGCCCUAUUCUACCUUCCGACUCAAUUUGUCUGUCACUACGCCUUAUAACGCCGAUUUCGACGGUGACGAAAUGAACAUGCAUGUGCCUCAGAGCGAAGAAGCUCGUGCUGAAUUACUACAGCUUGCCUUGGUUCCAAACAACAUUGUGUCGCCACAGAGAAACGGUCCCUUGAUGGGUAUCGUACAGGACUCUCUGUGUGGUAUCUACAAGAUUUGCCGUCGUGAUGUCUUCCUUACUAAAGAUCAAGUCAUGAAUCUUAUGCUUUGGGUUCCUGACUGGGAUGGCGUCAUCCCACAGCCAGCCAUUAUCAAACCCAGACCCCGUUGGACUGGAAAGCAGAUUAUCAGCAUGGUUUUACCUUCUGGACUCAACUUGUUGCGUGUUGACAAAGACAAAGCCCCGCUUUCGGAGAAGUUUUCACCCUUAACAGACGGUGGAAUCCUUGUACAUGGCGGCCAGUUGAUGUAUGGCAUGUUUUCGAAAAAGACCGUUGGAGCUUCCGGCGGCGGUGUUGUUCAUACCAUUUUCAAUGAGUACGGACCAGAAGCCGCGGUGUCUUUCUUCAAUGGUGCGCAACGUGUUGUUAAUUACUGGCUUUUACACAAUGGCUUCUCUAUUGGUAUUGGUGAUACAAUCCCCGAUAAGAAAACUAUUGAACGGAUCGAAGAUGCAGUUCGCGCUGGUAAAGCAGAGGUCGAAGAGAUCGUCCAAAGUGCAACCGAAAACACAUUGGAGGCAUUGCCUGGUAUGAACAUUCGAGAGACGUUCGAAAGCAAGGUUUCUCGUGCGUUGAACAAUGCUCGUGAGGCUGCUGGUAGUGAGACCGAGAAGAGUUUGAAGGAUCUAAAUAAUGCCAUUCAAAUGGCUAGAUCUGGAUCCAAAGGUUCCGCCAUUAACAUUUCCCAAAUGACGGCCAUUGUGGGACAACAGUCCGUCGAAGGAAAGCGAAUUCCGUUUGGCUUCAAAUACCGCACACUUCCUCACUUUACGAAGGAUGACUAUUCUCCGGAGUCGAGAGGAUUUGUUGAAAAUUCUUACCUUCGUGGUUUAACACCAACUGAGUUCUUUUUCCACGCCAUGGCUGGUCGUGAAGGUCUUAUCGAUACUGCAGUCAAGACUGCUGAAACAGGUUACAUUCAGCGUAAGCUUGUCAAGGCUCUCGAAGAACUUAUGGUUAAAUAUGAUGGAACCGUUCGAAACUCACUUGGCGAUAUCAUUCAAUUUUUGUACGGAGAGGACGGCUUGGAUGGUGCUCACAUCGAGAAUCAGAGAGUAGACAUCAUCAAAUGCUCCGAUGAGCAAUUCCGUGAUCGUUUCCGCGUUGACCUCAUGGACCCAGAACGCACACUCGGGCCGGAAGUCCUUGAACAAGCAGCUGAAAUCAGCGGCGAUGUUGAAGUUCAGAGAUAUUUCGACGAAGAGUGGGAUGCUCUUGUUAAGGACAGAGAAUUCCUUCGUUCUAUCGCUAAGGGAGACGAAGAAAUGAUGCAAUUGCCACUGAACGUUCAACGUAUCCUUGAGUCGGCAAAAACCACAUUUCAUAUCAAGGAAGGUACUAUCAGUGAUCUUCAUCCGGCUGAGGUCAUUCCUCAGGUUCAGGCUUUGUUGGAUCGUUUGGUGGUUGUUCGUGGUGAUGAUGUGAUCUCGAAGGAAGCGCAAACUAGUGCCACUCUCCUAUUCAAGGCUCAACUGCGUUCCCGCUUAGCCUUCAAGCGACUAGUGACGCAGUAUUCCAUGAACAAACUUGCAUUCAAACACGUUCUAGGAGCAAUUGAGAUGCGUUUCGCUCAAGCCCAGGCUAAUCCAGGAGAAAUGGUCGGUGUUUUGGCCGCCCAAUCUAUUGGAGAACCUGCUACGCAGAUGACUUUGAACACCUUCCACUUUGCUGGUGUUAGUUCCAAGAAUGUUACUCUUGGUGUUCCUCGUUUGAAAGAACUUUUGAACGUUGCCACAAACAUCAAGACGCCUUCCAUGACGGUUUAUCAAGAGUCACAUAGGAAGCACGACAAGGAGGCUGCUAAGCAGUUGCGUAGUGUUGUGGAACAUACAAGUCUUCGCUCAGUCACGGAAGCUACUGAAAUCUACUAUGACCCAGAUAUUCAGUCCACCGUCAUUGACAACGAUAGAGAUAUGGUUGAGUCCUACUUUAUCAUUCCAGAAGAUGUUACAGAUGACUCUAGCCGUCAAUCCAAGUGGCUUUUGCGUAUCGUUCUGAAUCGAGCUAAGCUUCUGGAUAAGGGACUCACUGUUCAAGAUGUGGCUACUAGGAUCAAGCAGCAGUACCCACGAGAUAUUGCGGUCAUUUUCAGUGAUAACAACGCUGAUGAGCAAGUGAUUCGUAUUCGCCAACUUCAUGAUGCGAAAGAAGACGAAGAUGAAGAGGACAUGGAGUAUGAUGUUACUCUCAAGAAGCUUGAACAACACUUGUUGGAUACUUUGACUCUACGUGGUGUAUCCGGCGUCGAGCGUGCUUUCAUCAAUGAGAAGGACAAUGCUCGCCUCAUGGACGACGGUUCUCUGUUCCUGAGUAAGGCAGAUCCUUUGUGCAAGGAGUGGGUAUUAGAGACAAGCGGCACAGCGCUCGCUGAUGUUCUCACGAUCCCAGGUGUUGAUACUACUCGAACUUAUUCCAACCAGUUUAUUGAAGUGUUUGAGGUGUUCGGUAUUGAAGCUGCUCGUUCGGCUCUGUUACGUGAAUUAACCCAGGUGUUGGCUUUUGACGGUUCGUAUGUCAAUCAUCGUCAUUUGGCACUCUUGGUCGACAUCAUGACGGUGCGUGGUUAUCUUACCCCCGUUACGCGUCACGGUAUCAACCGUGCCGACAAUGGUGCCUUGAUGAGAUGUUCGUUUGAAGAAACUGUCGAAAUUCUUCUCGAAGCGGCUGCUUUUGGUGAACUUGAUGAUUGUCGUGGUGUAUCUGAAAAUCUGAUCCUCGGUCAAUUGGCCCCCGCUGGAACGGGAGAGUUUGAUGUUUACCUUGAUCAGAGUUUGCUUAAUACGGUGGUCUCAAGCAAUACUGGAAUUGGCUUAAUGGGUGGCCUUGGAGCCAAGGACGCAAUGAUCAACGAUGGAGCAGCGACUCAAUACGACAACAACUCUCCUAUGAUGGAAAACGGGUACAUUGGUACGCCCGAUCCGGACGCGAAGUUUUCUCCUAUUCGACAGGCUGGGGCAGAGACACCUGGCGGUUUCACGGCUUAUCAACCAUCUGGCGGAUUGGGAGGGUUCAGCCCAGCACCUCAGAGCCCUGGUGGUUAUUCGCCUACCAGUCCGUUCAAUACAAGCCCCGUGUCUCCCGGCUAUUCUCCCUCAUCCAGCUACUCGCCCUCCUCUCCUAAUAUGUCCGUUACGUCUCCACGUUUCAUGUCGACGUCUCCAGGCUUCUCACCCCAGAGCCCAGCAUUCGCGAUUACCUCUCCUGCGUACAGUCCAACGUCCCCAUCUUUCCAGGCCACCUCGCCCUCAUACUCACCUACAUCGCCUCGAUUCUCGCCUUCCUCGCCCAAUUACAGCCCGUCGUCUCCAAAUUUCAGCCCGGCCUCACCUGCGUUCUCACCCUCCAGCCCAACGUACUCUCCGACCUCGCCAGCAAUUGGUGGUAGACAAUUCUCUCCAUCGAGUCCAAGUUCGCCAAAAUACAGCCCUGCCAGCCCGGGUUGGAGCCCGACAAGCCCCGAGAUUUACUCUCCCACAUCUCCCAAUAUUCAUGGCUCUCCGACGUCACCUGCUCGCGGCGCAACUUCGCCUAGCUACAGCCCGACGUCACCGCAGUACAAUCCAACGUCUCCACGCCAGUAG